UCCCCAGGGCCCCCUCCCCCAGCGGCCAGGUGACAAGCCCUCAGCCCGGGGACUGGGACUUAUUUCUGCAACCAGCUCGCGUCUCCCCUGCUCUCCGCUGCUGCAAAGAAAGACCCCAGACCCACCGACGGGUACCUGGACGUGGCGCGCGGACCCGUGACGCUCUCCUCUUCUGCAGAAACGCCCCCUCCCCCUGUUGCUCACCCUCAGCCUCUCCCCCGAGAACCCGGGCUCCCCGGCUGUGGGGAGAGACCCCGGCUCCUGCUGUAGAGCCUCGGACCACUUCCAUUCUGGUGCGCCAGAGCCAUCUUGAGUGAUGGCAGAGGCGCUCCCUACUAGCCUUCUCGUGCCAGUUUCUACCUUCCCAGUCUCCCACUGUAGGUUUUGAGUAGCAGGCGGCUCUUCCCACUGUGAGUCUGCGCUUGGAGCCGUGAACUCCCCUGCUCGCGUCUCUCUGCCCGGUGGGCUUCAGAGCCAUGGCAACGGAGGAGAAGAAGCCAGAGACGGAGGCGGCCAGAGCACAGCCCACCCCUUCCUCCUCGGCCACGCAGAGCAAGCCCACUCCUGUUAAACCAAACUAUGCCCUGAAAUUCACCCUGGCUGGCCACACGAAAGCCGUGUCCUCCGUGAAAUUCAGCCCGAACGGCGAGUGGCUGGCGAGUUCGUCCGCUGAUAAGCUCAUUAAAAUUUGGGGAGCAUAUGACGGAAAGUUUGAGAAAACCAUAUCUGGCCACAAGCUGGGAAUAUCCGAUGUGGCCUGGUCUUCAGAUUCUAACCUCCUUGUUUCCGCCUCGGAUGAUAAAACCCUAAAGAUAUGGGACGUGAGCUCGGGAAAGUGUCUGAAAACCCUGAAGGGGCACAGUAACUACGUCUUUUGCUGUAACUUCAACCCCCAGUCCAACCUCAUCGUCUCGGGCUCUUUUGACGAAAGCGUGAGGAUAUGGGACGUGAAAACCGGAAAGUGCCUGAAGACUCUGCCUGCCCACUCGGACCCCGUCUCAGCUGUCCAUUUUAACCGGGAUGGAUCCUUGAUCGUGUCAAGCAGCUACGAUGGUCUCUGGUAAGUGCAGGCAUUUCCUUCAUCCGCUCGGCAAACGUGUGUUUGUU